CAUGUGACCUCUUUUUGUUAACUUAACUUAACACCACACAAACAAACACUCAUUUGUCUCUUCGUGAUCCCUUUCCUCCUACAUUGGUCUUCUUCUCGUCCUUUCGAAUCCCGCAUGGAGUCUCUAGAACUCCCCCGUCUUUUUCUCCAUCAUCCCCGUGCAUCUUCAGCUCCAACUCGACCUCAUCCUCAUAGUACCACCAAUUCCUCACGAUUCUUACCUCAAUUCGGUUUCCCUUCUAAGCUCAAAAAUGCUACCUUACGCUCUAUUUCCGUUUCUUCACAAGACGGACCUAUUUCCUUCGAAGACGAAACCCAACAGCUCCGUCAUCAAGAUCAAGAAGAUGAGGGACGUUUAUUAUCCAGAGAGAUUGACGAUUUUGGUUCUCUUGUUUCCUUUCGCUUGACUCCUCACUCUGCCUCUGCCUCUGCCUCUGAUUUUAUGGGAGCAUUACAUGCAGGGAAAACUGCUGAAACUCAAGGGAAUUUAAGGAGCGAUGAAGUUGAAAAACCAGAGAUUGGGAAUGCAGAAGACGAGAAGGCUCAAACUAUAGUAACCCGCAACAUUGUUUUUGUUACAUCUGAAGCUGCACCGUAUUCUAAGACCGGUGGCCUUGCAGAUGUUUGUGGUUCUUUGCCAAUAGCACUGGCGGGUCGCGGCCACCGUGUUAUGGUUAUCUCUCCUAGAUACAUACAUGGUACUGCCGCUGAUAGUAAGUUUUCUGGUGCAGUUGAUCUUGGUAGCCCUAUCAAUGUAUUUUGCUUUGGAGGCGCGCAAGAAGUUGGUUUUUUCCAUGAGUAUAGAGAAGGUGUUGAUUGGGUAUUUGUGGAUCACCCUUCAUUCCAUAGACCAGGGAAUCCUUAUGGAGACAAGCACGGGACGUUUAAGGAUAAUCAGUUUAGGUUCACUUUACUUUCCCAUGCAGCAUGUGAAGCCCCAUUAGUGCUUCCAUUGGGAGGGUUCACUUAUGGAGAAAAAUGCCUAUUCCUCGUUAAUGAUUGGCAUGCCAGUUUAGUUUCAGUACUUUUGGCAUCAAAGUAUCGUCCAUAUGGGGUAUAUAAGGAUGCACGUAGUAUAUUAGUGAUUCACAAUAUUGCACACCAGGGAGUGGAACCUGCAAUUACAUAUAGCAAUUUGGGGCUGCCUCAAGAAUGGUAUGGAGCACUGGGAUGGGUAUUCCCUACUUGGGCAAGGACACAUGCUCUUGACACAGGCGAAGCUGUCAAUUUUCUAAAAGGCGCCAUUGUUACUGCUGAUCGGAUAGUAACAGUAAGCAAGGGCUAUUCCUGGGAGAUAACAACUACUGAAGGUGGAUUUGGUCUACAGGAGAUACUACGAGAUAGAAAGAGUAUUCUGAGCGGGAUCACAAAUGGAAUUGAUGUUACUGAAUGGGACCCAUCAUCUGAUGAACAUAUUGCUUCCAGCUAUUCUGCUGACGACCUUUCUGGGAAGGUGAAAUGUAAGAUUGCCUUGCAGAAGGAGUUGGGUCUUCCAGUACGACCUGAUUGUCCAGUGAUUGGAUUCGUUGGAAGACUUGAUUACCAGAAAGGUAUUGACUUGAUUCGCCAGGCAAUUCCAGAGCUUAUGCAAGACGAUGUUCAAUUUGUAAUGCUUGGUUCGGGAAAUCCUAUAUAUGAAGACUGGAUGAGAGCGACAGAAUCACUUUAUAAAGAUAAAUUUCGUGGUUGGGUUGGAUUUAAUGUUCCGGUAUCUCAUAGAAUAACUGCAGGCUGUGAUAUACUGUUAAUGCCAUCAACGUUCGAGCCGUGUGGACUAAAUCAGUUGUAUGCAAUGAGAUAUGGAACUAUACCAGUAGUUCAUGAAACAGGGGGACUAAGAGAUACUGUUCAAAAUUUUAAUCCAUUUGCUGGAGGAAGCGGUGCCGAAGGAUGCAAUGCUGAAGGCACGGGGUGGACGUUUUCUCCACUGACAAAGGAGAGCAUGUUAGUGGCUCUAAGAUACGCCAUUCAAACAUAUAAUGAACACAAGUCUUCAUGGGAGGGAUUGAUGAAAAGAGGUAUGACGAGAGAUUACACCUGGGAAAAGGCCGCUGCUCAAUACGAGCAAAUCAUUGAGUGGGCAUUCAUGGAUCCACCCUAUUGCUAAAAGUAGAAAUGAAGUUUGCACAAAGCAUCAACGAUCAGCACAAGUUUUUCCUCCGAUUAUCAAGGCUAGAUAUGUGAAUUUUCUUGUUCAUGAUAAUGAUAAUCGUGACCUAGUGAUAACAGGAAGGUGGCCUUUUUCUCUGCCUCAUUUGAGACCAGCUGCUUGUUAAUUUAUACUAUGGAACACAAUUUUUUACUACCGUUUGUUGAGGGGUGCACAUAUUAUAUCUUACCCUUGUUGGGCUGUAUGUAUUCUACGAUGGUGCAUAAAAUCAGCCAAGUAGUCCCUGUGGAAAUUUUUUGUAACUAUGUAUGAAGCAAUGGUGAAUGCAACUGUACACAAGCUUGAGUUUUUGUUGGUUCAUCCUAUAAAAAUAUUGUAAAAUGUUCAUCCUUUUCCUAGUCCAAGGAUGAGCUCUCAACGACACGUAGCACAUGCUUCAUAAAGGUUAUUAUGAUCUGAUGCAGACGCUGAAUAAAUGUUAGCUCGCAAUGUUUGUUUGCAAUUUGCAUAGAUGGAGAAAAUGAAAAGAUGGCUUGCAUUGAUGGAGUAAAUAAAAAUAUCAUAGAUGUCAGCAGGGAGGGAUUUUCUGGUGUGAAGUUUGAUUUGUGUUUGUUUUGAAUAUGAUCAGUCAUUUCACUUGAAUCUGCAAAGAAUUGCUUUCUUUUUGGUAAUUAAAAGUUCAGAUAAAAUCAAGCUAGCAAAUCAUUGAAUAUGUAGUAGUUUA